AUGGCGGCCUGGGUUUGUUUCCAGUCAGUGGCUCCUAGCGGUGGUGCCGGAGCUGCGUCAGGGGUGCUCCAGCGGCCGCUCUGGGCCCCGGGUGGGACCCUGGGGCCCCCAGUGCAAAUGAGCCCGAUACCUGGCCAAGGGCUCUACCGUUCCCCGAUGCCUGGAGCAGCCUAUCCGCAUCCAGGCAUGUUGCGAGGGAGCCGUAUGACACCUCAGGGACCUUCUAUGGGACCUCCUGGCUAUGGGGGGAACCCUUCAGUUCGACCUGGUCUUGCCCAGUCAGGAAUAGAUCAGUCCCGAAAGAGACCAACUCCUCGACAAACCCAACAGGUCCAGCAGCAGGCAGUCCAGAACUGAAAUCACAAUGCAAAGAAAAAGAAGAUGGCUGACAAAAUUCUACCUCAAAGGAUUUGUGAACUGGUACCAGAAUCCCAGGCCUAUGUGGACCUCUUGGAUUUUGAAAGGAAACUGGAUCAGGCCACCAUGAGGAAACAACUAGAUAUCCAGGAGGCCUUGAAACGACCUAUCAAGCAAAAACGGAAACUUCGUAUUUUCAUUUCGAAUACUUUCAAUCCAGCGAAAUCAGAUGCUGAAGAUGGGGAAAGGACUGUGGCUUCCUGGGAGCUUCACGUGGAAGACUGGCUCCUGGAGGAUUCAGCUCUGUCUAAAUACGAUGCUACCAAGCAGAAUAGUAAAUUCUCCUCCUUCUUUAAGUCUUUGGUGAUAGAGCUGGACAAAGAUUUAUACGGGCCAGACAACCAGCUGGUGGAAUGGCACAGGACUGCUACCACCCAGGAGACAGAUGGCUUACAGGUUAUGCGGCCAGAAUAUGUAAAUGUUCGUUGCACUAUUUUGCUGAUGCUAGAUUACCAGCCUCCUCAGUUUAAAUUGGACCCCUGCCUGACCUGGCUUCUGGGUAUCCACACCCAGACAUGUCCAGUGAUUAUCCAUGCACUGUGGCAGUACAUCAAGACUCAUAAGCUUCAGGACCCCCAGGUUAUCUGUGAUAAAUACCUCCGGCAGAUAUUCGAGUCACAACCGAUGAAGUUCUCAGAGAUCCCCCAGAGGUUCCAUGCCUUGCUUAUGCCACCAGAACCCAUCAUCAUUAAUCACGUCAUCAGUGUUGACCCCAAUGACCAGAAGAAGACUUCCUAUUACGACAUUGGUGUGGAAGUGGAUGAUACCCUCAAGACCCAGAUGAACUCUUUCCUGCUUUCUACUGCAAGCCAGCAGGAAAUUGGUGCUCUAGAUAACAAGAUCCAUGAGAUGAUAGAGACGAUCAACCAGCUGAAAAAGCAGAGAGAGUCCAUGCUGAGUUUUGCAAGAGACCCCCAGGGCUUCAUCAAUGACUGGCUUCAGUCACAGUACUGGGAUCUGAAGACCAUGACUGAUGUAGUAGGUAACCCUGAGGAGGAGCACCGAGCUGAGUUCUACUUCCAGACAUGGGCUCAGGAGGCUGUGUGCAGAUACUUCUACUCUAAGGUGCAAAAGAGAUGGCAGGAACUGGAGCAGGCCUUGGGCAUCCGAAAUACAUAA